AUGUGCAAUGAUACAAGGUCUUCAAGUGAAACUUGUUGUAUCAUUGAUCCCACAAGUGAACUGUUUGGCAGUAGGGUACUAAGUCGAGAUGAAAGUGGAAAAACUAGACCUGAAAUUGCUACCUUACCUGGUGAAGGUGAAACUGAAGUAUUUUGGAUGAUGUCGGUGAUUUGGCAAAAUAGCUUUGCGCUCACGUUAGAAGAUGAGCCCUACAUGGCUCUCUUCUUGGACGCCUUAGGAAUCGGUGACAUCAAUGGAGCUUUCUUACCUCCAGCUCGUCAACUUCCGUCAUCAUCCCUAGACACCACUAGCACUGACUCGACACAAGCCUCUAAGCCUGAUGCUAGUAUCGUAUCUACACCUCAGAUGACUCUUACAGAUCCUUCUGGGACAUCUGAUACAAUUCUCACCUCAAGCAACACUGAAACACCUCGAUCUACGACUCCGAUGUUUUCCUCUUCUGCAGGUGGAAUCACAUCAUCUUCUGCGGUAGCUGAAUUUAAUUGGUGA